UUUCAAACUAAAAAAAAAAACAUCAUGGCAUAUGUGUUAAGGAACAGAAAGCAGAAGCAAACAUACGCUGAUACAAGUUCUUCAUCAGAUUCUGAUACCGAAUCGGAUCCAGAUUAUGUCAAAAGGCGUCCACAGCGCAGUCUCAUUACCUCAGCGAACAAUGUUAACAUGAACAGGAGUCAAGUUAGAGAAGUAGUUCUUGUGGCCAAAAUUGCUGGCUAUACUCAACCAGUUAGGAGAAAUAGAAUGUUGACUCCUACUACUACUACUUGUAGUACUAAUCGACCAGUCAAAAGAAAACCUGGUCGACCACCUAAGGCUAAUCCCGUGACGAGUAGUAGUGGUGUUAGUACUAGUCCACUACUUCAGCAAACUAAUCAAGGCCCUUUGGUGACAAGGAAGAGAAGCAAGAAGCGUCGAGCUUCUUCUUUUGGUUCAGAAAAAGGGAGUGUGGCUGAAGAUGACACAGAGAAAAGAACGAUCUUGGCAUUGUUGAUUGAUUUAGAGAUAAUAAAAGAUAAUGAAGUAGUGUAUUAUGUGGACUUGGAGCUUAAUAAAACUAAUAGAGGAAAAGUUACUAGAGCUGGGAUACAUUGUGAUUGUUGUGAACAAAUUGUUACAGUUGGGAAAUUUGAAGAACAUGCCUAUGUGAUUGGGAAUGCGAGGAGUGGUUGUAAGAGUGAUGUUCUAAGAAAGCCAUACCAAAACAUUGUGUUGGAAAAGAGUGGAUUUUCUUUGUUGCAAUGCCAAGUUUCGGCUUGGUAUAUGGCAUUGGAAGCAGGAGAUUUGGAUGUGGUUAAUAAUGUUGAGCCUAAAACUAAUGAUAGUGACAAAAAUGACGAUGCUUGUAUGGUUUGUGCUGAUGGAGGUGACUUGAUUUGCUGUGAGAAAUGCCCUUCAACUUUUCAUCCUGCUUGUCUGGAAAUGGAGGGAGUUCCUUUUGGUGAAUGGUCGUGUCCCUAUUGCGUAUGCAAAUAUUGUGGUGCAUCGACAGGAGAGAAUCUUCCUAUUGACUUCUCCAGAUGCAUGUUGUGUGAUAAGACCUGUAAGUCUUAUUUUUUGUUAGUACUGCUCCUCCUCCUCGAGCAGCAACACGGGCUGUGUGAUACCUUUUAGUUGGUCGGUAGUCUACCAAAAUUACUGAAGAAUCAGUUUUUGUAGAUUGUGGACUAAUUAAAAGGGAUCAUCUGAGUUCAAGUGGGAUGUCUAGUAUUUUUCCAAUUUUUUUAGGGUUGGUUUGGUUAUAUUUAAAAAUAAUAAUAAAAAAAAGAAGAUAUUACUUUUUUUUUAAGUUAAUAAUAAUUUAUUUUGUCUGUAGAUCACUGGGCAUGUUAUGACCAAAAAGAGCUGAAUCUCAACACUUCAUGCCCACAGUUUUGUGGAGAUGGA